GCGACGACGGCUCUGCGCUGGAGAGGGACGCAGUGAAGCUGGCCUCGGCUCGGAUAUGAUUCAUGUUUACUCAAUCCAGGUUUAUUUGCUGCUUAGUAAUUGCACGGGAUUCGGAUGAAUAUUUGGCUUCUAACUUCUCAUCGCUCCGUUUGCGGAUUUCCAUGUCUUACUUGUGAGAGUUCCCAAACAGGAUCAUCUGGAUCGCUCAUCGUCCGUUACUGAUUGUCUGUGACUGGUCCAGGUCGGAGUUCCUCGUUGGGUGACCCACACUCCUUCUCAGGGGGCCAUGGAGGAGGAGGGGCAGCAGAGCUUGGAGUGCAUCCAGGCCAAUCAGAUCUUCCCCAAGAAAUCUCCUGUCCUGGAGGAGGAAAACAUGCAGGUGCCCUUUCCUGAGCUGCACGGGGAGUUCACGGAGUAUGUGGGCAGAGCAGAGGACGCCAUCAUCGCAAUGUCCAGCUACCGCCUACACAUCAAGUUCAAAGAGUCCAUCGUCAACGUCCCUCUGCAGCUCAUAGAGAGCGUGGAAUGUCGGGAUAUGUUCCAGCUGCACGUCACCUGUAAGGACUGCAAAGUUGUCAGGUGUCAGUUCUCCACUUUCGAGCAGUGUCAGGAAUGGUCCAAACGCCUCAGCGCGGUCAUGCGCCCUCCUUCUCGCCUGGAGGACCUCUUCUCCUUCGCCUUCCACGCCUGGUGCAUGGACGUGUACGCCGGCGAGAAGGAGCAGCACGGGGAGCUGUGCAGACCAGGCGAACACGUGACCUCCUGGUUCAAGAAUGAGGUGGAGAGGAUGGGCUUUGACACUCAAAACGCCUGGAGGAUAUCUGACAUCAACAGCAAGUUCAGGCUUUGCCCCAGCUAUCCUCAGCAGCUCCUGGUGCCAGCCUGGAUCACUGACAAGGAGCUGGAAAAUGUGGCGGCCUUCCGCUCCUGGAAGAGGUUCCCUGCAGUGGUUUAUAGGCACCAGAGCACGGGUGCUGUGAUCGCCCGCUGCGGCCAGCCGGAGGUCAGCUGGUGGGGCUGGAGGAACGCCGACGACGAGCACCUGGUCCAGUCCAUCGCCAAGGCCUGCGCCGUGGACAGCAGAUCCCGUAAACACAUCCACAACGGCAGCUACACCAACGGCUCAGACCUGCACGACACUGACUUCGAAUCCUCCAUGACCAACAGCUCAGAGGUGGAGACGUUGGCCAUCCAGCCCCACAAAUUGCUGAUACUGGAUGCUAGAUCCUACGCUGCAGCCGUAGCUAACAGGGCCAAGGGGGGAGGCUGCGAAUGCCCAGAAUACUAUCCCAACUGCGAGGUGGUGUUCAUGGGCAUGGCCAACAUCCACUCCAUCCGUAAGAGUUUCCAGUCUCUGCGUUUCCUCUGCACUCAGAUGCCUGAUCCAGCCAACUGGCUUUCUGCACUGGAGAGCACCAAGUGGCUGCAGCACCUGUCCCUGCUGCUGAAGGCGGCUCUGCUGGUGGUCAACGCUGUGGACCGGGACCACCGGCCCGUCCUGGUUCACUGCUCUGACGGCUGGGACCGCACACCUCAAAUCGUCGCUUUGUCCAAGCUGCUGCUGGACCCAUACUACCGCACUAUUGAGGGGUUCCAGGUUUUGGUAGAGACGGAGUGGCUGGACUUCGGCCACAAGUUCGCCGACCGCUGCGGCCACGGGGAGAACUCUGAGGACCUGAACGAGCGCUGCCCCGUCUUCCUGCAGUGGCUGGACUGUGUUCACCAGCUGCAGAGACAGUUCCCCUGCUCCUUCGAGUUUAAUGAAGCCUUCCUGGUGAAACUGGUGCAGCACACCUAUUCCUGUCUGUUCGGCACCUUCCUGGGUAACAGCGGCAAGGAGAGGGAGGACCGGCACAUUCAGGAGAGGACCUGCUCCGUUUGGUCGCUGCUGAGACCGGCCAAUCGCACGCUGAGGAACAUGCUGUACUCGUCACACUCCGAGAUCGUUCUCCACCCGGUGUGUCACGUGCGCAACCUGAUGCUGUGGACGGCAGUCUACCUACCCAGCUCUUCCCCCACCACCCCUUCAGAUGACUCCUGCGCCCCUUACCCCGUGCCCGGCGCCAACCCCGAGGACGCGCCCCUGGGCAGACGUACGAAGACUCGCUCUUUCGACAACUUACCCAGUGCGUGCGAACUUGGAAGUACUAUGGCUCCAAACCGCCGCUCCAGCGACCCGAGCCUCAACGAGAAGUGGCAGGACCACAGGCGCUCUCUGGAGCUCAACAUGGCAGUGGGGCCCGAGGAAGGGGGCAACCAGGACCAGGAUGUGCGGCCUAACGGAGUGGGCCCUUACACAGACGGAGUGGACUCCGAGCUGGACGACAGCCCGCAGCCCCAGGCUGCACGCAUUGAGCUGGCGCAGGCGGCCUCCCUGAGCCCAGCGGGAGGGGAGGACGCAGAGGAGGCAGAGCUCUCUGUGGCAUUGGGCUUGGCUGAGGGCCAGAUGGAGAACAUUCUGCAGGAAGCCUCCAAAGAGGAGGCGGGAGCAGAGGUUCAAAGAGAAGGUAGUGCUGUUGUCACUUGUGUCAUUAACACUGUUGUCACAGAGGUGGAGACAGAAGCAGAAACCAAUGAGGAUGACCAGAGCGCCAAAGUCAACGGGACUGAGACACAAGCAGCAUUUGCUAAUGGUCACCAUGCAGAGGAUGGUGAAGUGGAGGCUGAGGAGGACGCUGAGUCUCCUGCUCUGCCUGCACAGAUGGAAGAGGAGCAGGAGCAGCAUGCAGCUGAGGAGACUCACACAGCGGAGGAGGAGAAGGAGGAGAAGGAGCAGGAGGAGGAGGAGGAGGAGGAGGAGGAGAAACAGGUUGUAGAAAGCUGUUCUGAACAGGAGGAAGCUGCACAUGGACCCAGUCAGCCCGGCUCAGGUGAGCCAGAGCAGCUCACAGCUUACAGAACUUUAACUAACGGCUUUGCAGACAGCUCGCCAGAAGAACCAGGUGCUGAUGAGGAGACUUGCCCCGACUCUGACUCUGACAGAGGAGUCUCAGAGCCUGUGGAGCUGGUGGAUAAGAGAGCCUCUCUUAUGGAGAGCUCCACUGAGACUCUGACUGAAGAGGCCUGCAGCAGGUUGGAGCUUCCUGCUCAGCCGCCUGUGAAUCAGAGCCGUCAGCCCUGCAGGAAGGAGGUGCUGGAGACGGGCGAGCACGGCUUUAUCAGGACUUUAAAUGGGGGCAAGCGUCCCUCCGUCAGUGCCUUUCAGCCUGCUGACCUCAGCAGGGACGGGCUGUGCAACGGUGACACCUCCGACGGGGAGCCCUGCGGAGGACUUCACUUGGCCAAAGGGAACGGGGAGCGGGCCCCUCUGAGCCGACAGGUUUCACUGGCGAGCUGCAACUCCCUGAUCCUCCACCCACGGGGCAGCUGCUCUCAGCACCGCUGGUGCCACGCCCUGCUGAGCCGGGCCGCCAUCAGCCCAGAGCAGCCGUCCCGCAGCCACCUGGACGACGACGGGCUGACGCUGCACACAGACGCCAUCCAGCAGAGGCUGAGGCAGAUCGAGGCGGGCCACCAGAUGGAGGUGGAGACCCUGAAGAAGCAGGUGCAGGAGCUGUGGAGCCGCCUGGAGAACCAGCAGCACGCCGGCUCCCACAGGAUCAACGGAGACAUGGGAGACGAAGUGACCUCCAUGACAGACUCAGAGUACAACCUGGACCACAACUGUCUGUCUCGCUGCAGCACAGAGCUCUUCUCAGAAGCCAGCUGGGAGCAGGUGGACAAGCAGGACACUGAGGUCACUCGCUGGUACCCCGACCAUCUGGCAGCCCACUGUUAUGGCUGUGAGAGCAGAUUCUGGCUCGCCACCAGGAAACAUCACUGCAGGAACUGCGGUAACGUGUUCUGCGCCAGCUGUUGCGACCAGAAGAUCCCAGUGCCAAGCCAGCAGCUGUUCGAGCCCAGCCGCGUCUGUAAGACCUGCUACAGCAGCCUCCAGCUCAGUCCGGCCCCCCUGGAGAUGGAGCUGGAGAAACCCAUCACAGCCAGCUCCAACUAAGCCUCCGAGGACCGGGAUGGUGGCGGGCGCAGUAGAUGUGGAGGAGGAAGGGGGGCGGGGCAGGGGGGGCUGGGCUGAGCCGCCGGCCACUGACACAGGCGCACUGCUGAAGAAGAGCACAGGAGCUACACAGAAUGUCCCUAUGUACUUUUUUAUGUGUGUGUGUGUGUGUGUGUGUGUGUGCUGUGGAUGUGGAAUUCAGUGUGUAUAUACUGAGGCUGACGUGGGUGGAGGCGCUGAACUAUGGGAGUGCACAUGGGUGGGUGAUGUGUGAGAGGAAAACACACACACUGGCCACACACACACACAGGGUUUGUGGCACUCUGAGGCCAGAGGAGUGAGAAUGGACAUCCUGGUGCCUUGGACCAGGCGGGCAGAGAAGGUCGUCUCACUGUGUCACUGAAGUCUCUCGGAGGAUUUCAGUCCAUUGAAAACACCAACACUUCUCAUCAGACCUCUACAGACCAUCAUCUCCCAGCUCGGACUUGUUCCUUUGUCUGGAGGGUUUAAGAUCAGGAACCAUGAGGAACAUGUGGCAAUUCGGAGAAAGUCCCUCAGCGCUGAGAAAUGUUUGGAUGCUGAGCUGAUGCUGACUAGUUUAGGGUAAAGUUUGAAGGGUCAGGUCACCCAAAUUGUAGCAUUAUCUAUCAAUAUAAAUAGUUUCGCUGGUGUUUACUAUUUAAUUGAUAUUUUCAUCAUCAGUUUGAAAGUGCUGAUCAUUUUCUCGGUUAGCUUUUUUCGAUAAAAUGCAUUUAUUAUGUCUGAGCCCCAAGUUACAUAUUCAUUGGGUUUUGUAUUGCCGGUCAGACAAAACUAGCACAGAGAUUCAUGACAAAGGAAAGCAGCAAAUCUUAACAUUUGAGAAGCCUAUAUUCUGACAUUUAGUUCCUACAAGAGGUCCUGAUCAACAAUUAUUUCCUACAUUUCCCAUAAUGCAACUUCAUGUAUAAAUGUGAGUCUCCCAUUUAAAGAAAAAAAAAAAAAAAAAGUAACAGUAAAAUUAGUUUCCAGAAAUUACUGUGGAUAAUCUACAACUGUGAGUGGGGUGAACUGACCCUUUAACACACUGCGGGCUGAAUCUCAACAGCACAUUUGCUUGCUUUUUGUUUUUGUGACAAAUUUGAUCGGCUUUUCACACAGAAUGGCACCAAUGUGUGUGUAUACAGUAUAUACAGCUAAUAGACAUGCAGAUACAAAAGAAGAACAAAAAUGGCAGAGUUGUGUGUGUGUUGAGAUUCAGUCCACAGUUUACAUAGCAGCAGCAGCUGGAAUCCUGAAAGUAUUUGUUGGAAUAUAUGAAAUGUUUUUUCUCUCAUGUUGUGAAUCUCGACCGCAGUGAAGAUAAAACCUCACACGCUCUUUAGUGAAACUAUCUGUGCUCAUCAGCAGCCGACACUGCCGUAAACUUGAUGUGUGGCAGUGUUGUCAGGUUGGUGUUAGGCGGCAGAUGAGCUGUAGUCGUUUGUGCCCCAGACACGGAGCGACUGACAGCGUAAUCUCAGUAAUCUGUGUAAUCUCCUCCUGUCACGCCCUUCACUCACAGCAAACCCCCUUUUCUUAUUUUUUACCCAGCAGGCACUGGGAGCCGGACGUCUCGCUGCGCGUUUCAGCCGCCGGUGGGAUUCAGCAGUGAAGUCACGGUCACAGAAGGAGCUGUUCAAACAUUUCAAAUCUAAAACUUUUCAUUUGAUUUUCUUAUUUUUGAGACCUGACUUUUGAUUCCUCGCUGUGAUUGGCUGAAACGUGGAGGAGGGCGGCGGCAGGAGAAAAGGGCUCUUGGUGUUCUCACUCAAAUCUGUCAGAGAAGCUUCACUGAGACGCCUGCUCUGCCUCACACCCAUUCAGUGACCUCCACAUAUACACACCAACACACACACUUAUUUUGUAAAAUAAAUGAAUAAAAUAAUAUAUUCAGAUACCUAUAUAGCAUUUAAGAAAAAAAUGUAUAGAAUCCUUGAAUAGUGGCUCACUAAAUUAGUCACCAAAAAGUUUUUCUUUUUUUUUUUUUAAAUUUCUUUGUUUCUUAUGUUGUUAAUUGCAGAAAUGUACCUAUAUUUUGCGACCUGUUGAAGAGACAGGUGUGUGUUUUUUUUAAACUAGAGAAGCAGGGUGUCCUGUUUUGAUGCUGCAGUGGAUUUUUUCCCUUUUAAAUGCGAUCAUUACUCUGAUUUUAUUUAUUAUGAAUUUUUUUGUUGAAUGGCUGUUUUUGAAAAACCAGACAAUUCAAUUGCCACAGGAUAAUCAGUGUUUAUGAGAUGAGGGAGGGGGGGAGGGGGGGUGAGAGAUGCUUCUGAUCUGUUGCUGCGGUGACGCUAGUCUCGCAUCGGCCAAUCAGAGCGGGAUGUGUGGAGUUAAACGUAUGAGCGGUGAGACGUCUAUGCACUGAGAGAACAGUGGUCCAAAACAAGCAGCCUCAAUCCAAACUUAAAACCCCCCCUGACCUAGACCCCACACCCUCCCCACCUUUCCCGCUGACUCACACACACAAACAUUACUCCAUUCAUACCUACAAACACUACCUCUACUUUCUACACACACUCGUUCACACACACACACACACACACUGAGCUUCUAGUAGCUGAGUGAUUAACAUCGAGGACGGCCUUUGUUCUUAUUAUUGAGACUAUUUAGUUUUUCCAUGAAUCAGUUGGAGCAUUAAAGGUACAGCACACAACUUAAGUUCAUGAUGACCUUCUUGUUGUGACUGCCAAUCUUUCUUUUUUUUUCUUUUACACCCCUCACCACCCAGCAUGUGAUGUCAGCAGGGGGGGGCAUGUAGCAGUGGGCACAGAAGAAUCAGAAUCAGGCAUUUCUAUUUUACUAUCACAGGAAGUGCUUAAAUAUAGCCGCGUGAUUGACAGCUUGAUGAUGAGUGAGCUUGUGUUCCUGACCAGCUGAAACCCCCCUUUUUUCUUUUUGAGGCUUAUUUUAAACAUGGUGGUAGAAUCAGCAGAUUUCUGACGUGUGCAGUGGAGCUGCUGUUUUAAGGUGGUUGGAACAGGCUUGAAGUGUUGGUGUUAAAUUCAACAGCUCAACCUUUAAAUAUUGUACUAUACCAUCAAAUUGUAGUAGAGACGCUGUAUCACUAAUUGAUGGGUCAAUUAGUGAUAAACUGCAUCAAAAUUAAUUCUGCAGCAAGAGUUCAUUUAAAAUCUGUAGUGUGGCCCUGAUCAGCUGCUCAGGACUGAUGUGAGAGCAGAAUCCUGACUUCAGACUGUUCAGAUUACAAUGUUGAGAUAAACCUUGUCUGUAAUCUCAGAUGGUGUAACGUCCCUUUAUCUGCAGGCUAUCGGCUGCAGCAUGUGUUUCUCGCUCUGUACUUUCACCACAGUCACAUGCAUGAUGGGGCACCGAGCUCGACUCGUUCAACAAUCCAGGAAUGUGAAUUGUCUUUAAAAAAAUAUAUAUAAAAAACAAAAAAAAAGAGGCUGUUUUUUGCACAAAGUAGACACUGCCACAGAGUCCAUCAAAGUAAAGCUCAACCUGAAAGACUGCUGUUGCUUUUCAGUAUUGUAAGUGAUCCCACAGAGCAUGAUAAGAGAAAUAUGGAGCAGUGGUUCUGGUUCUGGUUGUGUGUAUGUGUGUGUGUAGUGGUGUGGGAGGGUUUUGCUAAGGUGGGCAUCAGUUACACAUGUUGCCAGGACGAUCCCAUGCUGUGCUCUUUCCCCCCCCCCCCCCCUCUCUCUCUCUCCCUCUCCCAAGAAGUUCUCUUGGUCUGCAUAUGUCGUAUUUUUUUCUUCACGCACGCUGACGUGCUCUGUCGGAGGCGUCACUGCUACGGCCCAGUAAUCAUUUGAUGCGAGUGUGUAUGUGAGAUUGUGUGUGUGUGUGUGAGAGAGAGAGUGUGUGUGUGUGUGUGUGUCUCUUCUGGUGGAGACUGGUGCCAAGCAGUUUUAUUACGGGUCUCUCACAAAGGGAUCACUCGUGCUUUUGUUGGAUUUUCCUCUUCUAUUUUUUUUUUCUCCUCCCUUCUGUUUGAUAAGCACUUUGAACCUUCUCAUGUCUGUCAGAGGAGUGUGUAGCUGUACAUAGCAAUUUCCUGUAACAACAAGUGCUCCUUGUUCAGUCUGAAUAUUUUGUUUUUGUUGGAUUUACUUUAAUGAGCAUUACAUUGUUGUAGAAUUAAAGGAGAAAUAAACUAGAUAAACCUUA